AUGUGUGAGGUGCAUGAAGUAAACAUAAAACAUAAGUCCAAAACAAGAUAAACAUGAACAGGGGUGCAAGGUUAUCAAUUAUGGUGGUGCACGAAGUAAAACAUGAAACAAGGGUGGCAGAGGUGCGAGGUUAGUAAAAUGGGGAGUGUAUGAAGAAGAGUGAAACAGACCCAACUGAAAUACCAAGCAGGGGUAUGGGAUUAAGAGAGGGGGUGCGCAGAGUAAAGUAUGAAACAAGUGUGGCAGGGUACGAGGUUAGUAAAAUGGGGAGUGUAUGAAGAAGAGUGAAACAUGCCCAACUGAAAUACCAAGCAGGGGUAUGGGAUUAAGAGAGGGGGUGCACGAAGAAAAGAAAGAAGAAAACCCAUAUGGAGGUGGAUGAGGUAAAAAUAGGGGUGCAUGUGGUAAUGGAGGGUUGAAGGCCUGAAGCUCUUUUCUUUAUUUUUGAAAACCCUAAUUAACUAAAGUUUAUUCAGCCUUAUCUUCUUCGUUGACGCAAGCCAUCACGACACCAGUGGCAGCGACGCGAGUUUGCUCAACCUGAAUCACUGGUGACGACGCCGACCACCGUCACAAGGCCCGCUGGCUAGGACAUUGUCGUUCCAUUCACCUCGCGUGAGUCAUCCCUGCACCAACGUUCACAACGUCUUCUCUUCAUGCAAAACCUGGAUCGAGACACGGCAGCCGCACUACCGUCACCGCUUGCUCUUACCGGCGACGCCAUCACCCUUCGCUUCACUCCGCGCAAAACGCUGCUGCACAUGCGUCUCCUCCUUCGCUUCUCCAGCGCGUUCAAGAUAGGGGCUGCACCGAUCCACUUCGCGACCGUGAGGUCUCGCUCGCCGGAUACCGUCGUUAGCGGUUUUAGCCGCCUCAAGGUCGUUGUCGGUCCUGCCGUCACCGUCGAGGGAAACGUCGACGCUGCUGGUGCGCGAGGACUCCGCGGUUCGUCAUCACGCGACCAUCACUCCUCCGUUCACGUGACCACACGCGACCACACUCCCAUUCAGAGCUUCAAAUCGCCGGCGGCCUCGCCGGCGGCGAGGUCGAAAUGGUGAUGUGAUGUUGAGACGGUGGCUCUACGAAUGGGUAUGUUGCGGGGUUGGAUUGGGAAGCCGCGGGAUUGGGAUGGAGAACGGGUUUUUCGGUGUGUUGAAGAU